AUGUGCCAUUUUUUCACAUUUACGGUGUUAUUCACUACGAGUGUUUUUUCAUUCACACAAACGCAUAUAAUUCGCAAGUUUAGACCUCUAAAUGUAUCCAAAUACAAUUAUGUCAAUGUCACGCUAGAUAAAGAUCUACCGCAUUUAGGAACUAAAGGUUCAACUAUCGCAGUUAAACGAAGCUUUGCAUUUCACUAUCUAAUACCAUAUGAACUAGCGCAUUACACUACUAGAGCUGAAAGGAUUGGGAUCGAAUUGGAAACCAAUUAUUUGGACGCUUUACACAAUAUUCGUAGGACUUGUGCAUUGGUCUUGAGGGGGAAAAUUGGCAAUAAUUUGGCAUUAGAAUUCCAUGAACCUCCUGGAAAAGAUCCUUCCUACUUACUAAAUGAUAUUAAACCAGAACACAUUAUUGAUGCAUUAAGGAAAGAAGGUCUACUGACGGCUCUAGACUUGUUACUGCCUGAAGACGUUAAUAUCAGGGCCAAGUCUCCACAAACUUUUGGGACAUAUCCUGUUACACUCAAUUUAGAUAAAGGUAUUGAAGCACACUUAAAAAUUAUUAUCAAACCGAAGGAGAUAAAAUGGGAUUUCUUACCCUAA